AUGGGCUUCUUCAAUGCCUUGAAGGCCUUCAAGGCCAAAUCCCCCAAAGAGACUGAUAUCUCUAAGGAUAAUAAUGAGCACAAAGCUGAGAAUACAACCGAGGGCGCAGCAGAUGACAAGAACGAGGUCAUGGCAGAUGAGAAGAGCCAGGUCUUGGACCCUGAAACGCAAUCCGAAGUUGGAGGCCAAACAUCCAAACCGUCCAGUGAGAAAGAAAGUACUCUGGUCGAUGUGCCUUUAGGGAAUUCAACUGCGGACCCCGAGAAACAACCCUCACGCAAUACCUCCCCGGCACCUGGUCAUACCGAGGAAUUGCCUGAUGACAACAAGGAAGUUGCUCCCAAAGCAGCAUCGAAAGCAGCAUCCGACAAGGAGUCAAUAAAAGAAGAGAAAUCAGAAGCCGUUGACGGCGAUACACCCGCGGACGUGGAAGAAUACCCAAGCUCAUGGAGACUAGCCCUAAUCACCGUCGCUCUCUGCUUUUGCGUGUUCUGCGUGGCACUGGAUAACACAAUCAUCGCAACCGCAAUCCCCAAGAUCACAGAUCAAUUCAAUUCCCUUGAGGACGUGGGAUGGUACGGAAGUUCGUAUCUCCUGACAACAUGCGCUGUAUGCUUGAUGUUCGGCAAACUAUACACCUUUUACUCGAUUAAGUAUAUCUACCUCAUGGCGCUCGGAAUUUUCGAGAUCGGCUCGCUUGUCUGCGCCGUCACCCCAACCUCGGUUGGACUCAUCUGCGGUCGAGCCAUCGCAGGACUAGGCGCUGCCGGCUUGUUCUCAGGCUCGAUCCUCAUCAUCAGCAAGAGUGUACCCCUCGUCAAGCGGCCUAUGUACACCGGUCUCCUCGGAUCGAUGUUUGGAGUUGCUAAUGUAGCUGGUCCCCUUAUGGGAGGCGCGUUCACCGACCACCUCACCUGGCGUUGGUGCUUCUACAUUAACCUGCCCAUCGGUGCAGUGACCUUCCUCUUCGUGCUCGCGUUUUUCCCCAACCCCAAAGCCAUCCUGAAGAAGAACACCUUCAAGGAACAGAUCAAAGAACUGGACCUGAUCGGCUCCUUCUUCUUCCUACCGGCGAUAAUCAGUCUUCUCCUUGCUCUGCAAUGGGGUGGUACCAGAUACGCAUGGAGCAACGGACGCAUCAUCGGACUAUUCGUCGUCUUUGGCGUUCUCGGGCUCAUCUUCAUUGGCACCCAGAUCUGGGCCGGAGAUCGCGCAACCGUCCCGCCUCGUCUGAUCAAGAACCGCAACGUCUGGGGCUCGGCCUGGUACGCUGCCGCUCUCGGUGCUGCUUUCUUUGUCCUCACAUACUAUCUCCCGAUCUGGUUCCAAUCAAUCAAAGGCGCAACAGCCCUAAAAUCCGGCCUCAUGAACCUGCCCCUGAUCAUCGCCGUCGUAGUCUGCUCCAUUCUAGCCGGCGGCCUCGUCACCGCAUGCGGCUACUACACGCCCUUCAUGAUCGCCUCAGCAAUCAUCAUGACCAUCGGCGCCGGACUCCUCACAACCCUCGAAACAGACUCCAACCACUCGAAGUGGAUCGGAUACCAAGCCCUCUUCGGUAUCGGUCUGGGCCUCGGCAUGCAGCAGCCGAUCAUCGUGGCGCAAACAGCAUUGAAACCAGCAGAUGUGCCCAGCGGCACUGCUAUCGUGAUGUUUGCACAGACACUAGGCGGCGCUGUGUUCGUCUCGGUUGCGCAGAAUGUGUUCCAGAAUCAGCUUGUGCAGAACUUGGCUCGAUAUGCGCCGAAUGAGGAUGCGGCCAAGCUUAUCUCCGCCGGUGCUACUAUGCUGCGCAAUGUUGUUUCUGGGGAUGCGCUGGGUCGGGUUCUGGUUGCUUAUAAUGCUGCUAUUGUGCAGACGUUCUAUGUGGCUGUUGCUAUGGGUGCGUUGUCGCUUGUUGGGCCUAUCUUUGUUGAGUGGAUCUCGGUUAAGGGGAAGAAGGUUGAGAUGGCUGCUGUUUGA